AUGUCAUCGUUUUCGUCACCCGUGUUGGGCGGUGGUGGGAUGCGGCACUGGUCAGCUGUGGCCGUGGCGUCUAGACCCAGUGUCCCCUGUGUGGUCUUCACACCGGAAAACAAUGCUGUUGCGGAAGCUGCGGAAUCCGAGGUGUCAAAAUUGAGAGAACGUGUUCUGCACCUGACGUUCCCGUUGAAGCCAUCGGAAGCCCAGCAAACAUUUGGAGUACCUGGUCGGAGACGGCCUUCGAUGAUGUCGUCGAUGUCACUUCCGUUCGCGUUUUCCUCAUUCCCAUUCUCCUCUUCGCCCGUGCCUCCACCUGACCCCACGCCGAACGAGUAUUUCGGCGAGCCGACCUUCGAAGCGCGCGGUGAAUUCGGAGGAGCACCACUGCGCUGCAUAGCGGAGGAUCGUAUCACUCCGCCUCUGCAGCGUUGCUGCGUUGAAUUGUCCAAGCCAGUGGAAAAAAUUUUAGUCAGGUAUGAACGGUUACCGAAAGAUAUUUUUUCUCCCCCGUUGUCUUCGGAAUGCACCACGAGGACACGAAACGUCAUCACCUGGGGUUCACUGAAACCUGUAGCGUCAUUGUGGAGAUUCUUGUACCAUCGCAGAUGGAUUUGGGCUGCGCAGAGCAGUACUGGAUCCCCGCUUCCGCCUAAUCAUAUCACACAAAUAUUGGCAACGGUUACCGAGAAUCUAGAUGAGCAGACGGGAGAUGACGACGACGAUGAGAGUACGGAGUUCGACGCAAAUGAGUCUGACGGAUUUCUGCAUCUGGUCACUGAAUGCUGGAUAGAACCACAACACGGGAUCGUUGCUGAUCCUCAUCCUUACCAUUUUUCUAAGCUGGCUUACGACAAGAUUCCUCAGGAGGUCUACAAGCAAGACUUGGAGUGCGUUUCUACGUUGAUCACAACUGCACACUUGAGCCUCAUGUGUCAGAAUUCCGCCAUACCGUCACCUUCUGGAAGUUCUCCUCCUUAUGAUUUCAGUACCAGAAUAAGUGGAAGGCCAGAGAUUCAAUACGUGCCGUUUUGCUUUGAUAUCACAAGACUUCUACCGAAGUGCCAGCAAGUAGAGAUGCUCUUCUCGACGUUGAUCCAAGAUUUAUCGGCGAAGUUGGAUCCGACAAACUCGGAGAAUUCUUCCAACAGUAUACCUGAAGAGGCGAUAAAUGAGCAAUUUUUCGCAUGCAUCUUCGAUGAUCUGCGCGAAAUUACCGACCGUGAGGUGACGAUGGGGUCCGUGGAUUGGGAGAAAUUCCCGCUUUUGGUUCGCUUGCGAGACCGACCGUGGGAAAAUUCCGAGGUUCCCUUCGAAUGCCCGUACACGAGUAAAGAGGAGGAUCUUCCCAAAUGGCGAUGCUUCGUGAAAGGUGUUAGUCCUACUCAUUCACUUUUGAUCAUUCUCCCGGCGUCCUACGACGAUCUGUUGAAGCUCAUAAUUCGUGAAAAGAAAACCCGGAGCUCGGAUGGGACAGAAACUAACUCGAUGCAGUUUCCCUCAAAAUCGAUUCGCUUGGUCGUUGAGGGAGUGGAUGAUGCACCAGACGCAUUGCUCGGUUGCACUGGGGCGACUGGUCGAGCUGGUGUUGGUUUAUUAUCAAGCGAUGUGGAAUCGGGAAUGAUCGGGAGAAGCAUGUCUCUGGGAAAUGCGCCCCCACCGUCCGUCUCCGUCGGUCGAGCCCGUGCAAAAAGUGGCAGUGGCAUACUCGCUCGGAAUCUUCAGAAGCAAAGUGAUCUGUCAGAUUGGGCGAAAAAAAUUCUGUCAAAGAAAGCAGAAUGCAGUCAUCUCUCAUUAAGCAAGAGCGUAUUGAAUAGAAGCUUUGAAGGCAGUACAGGGGAUUCCAUUCGAUCCUCCUUGGAAGCCGUCUUUAUACCCGAUAACGGGCUUUUGCCGGAGAGCCGGAAGUUCUGGGCAGCGGGAUCCGACGGUAACGGCAUACCGUCUAUACCAAGUAGAACGUCUGUUUUUGAUUCGGUAGAAUCGGAUAGUGUCGGCUCGACCUCGAAUCUUCCAUCAUCUGUGAAAGGAUCCCAGAAACAGCAUCGUCCACUUUAUGGAUCAGUCGUCCUCCCUAUUUAUGUUUAUGACUGUCCAUUAUCCGGGAUGAUCAGCUCUUUAGUUUGUCGGCAUGAAGCUCGUGCGCGAGAAAAAGAUGAAUUUUUUGAUCACACGUACAAAUUCAACUCGGAGUUGCCAGAAAUGAACGUUUCCGUGACAGGAGGGUCUUCAGGCUCAAAUGCGAAGUUCGAUCGGAAAGCACCUCCAACUCCUAGCACACCAGAUGAGAAGCAUCGCAGAGGUAUCACUCGAUCUGGCAUGUGCGAGUCUAUCGAACUUUGUGUUAUGAAGAGCUUCAUCACGUCAGUAUUCAAGUGUCUCCAGCAAAAACUGACAGUUCAUGCACAGGACGUGCUGGCAGCUGUUGAAAGAUGUCAAGAUAUUCCAAUUGAGCUUGAUUUGACCGAUUUUUUGGAGGGCACAAACACGGAAAUGAAUUUCGAUGAAUGCGCUGGGCAGACCGAUUCUGGCAAGUCUUUCAAUACGUCAGAUUCAAUUGUAUUCAAACAUGAAUCGAGCGAAUUCAAUUUGGGAGCCGUUGCUGAACUAUUGCCGUGGCUGGAACACUUCGGAGAAAGCAUGGACAUGACGAAGACCCAGAUUCAGUUGAACGUCUUAUGUCUGACAUUGCCCCCCAUCAUUUUGUCGACUUUGACCAAAAGGGGUCGUGAGGGACUUCGCUCCACAUCUUUCUGCUCUGGAGCAUCUUCAGAAUGUAUAGACCCAUCCGAAGCUCUCCACGGUGAAGAUGAUUCGGACAACUCCGUGAUUGAUGAUCGACCAUCUCGAUAUUUCAGUGACGGUCGGUUCGACAAUGCGCUUGAUCUCCUUCCAGCAUUUCAAAAAAUGUCCGUUUAUGACACCGUGGAUGAAAUGAAAUGGCUCUUGAUGGAUGAGAUGGUAUCCUCAAUGCUGGAAAAUGAGAAUUUGGAUUCUUCGUUGCUGGCUAUGGUAUGUGAUCAUGUUCGUCAUUCCAAUGGGCGUGCCUCGUGUAUUUAUAGGGAAGUUCCGUUGGAAUUCGUGUGCUACCCAGAUGCCAGCUACGAAAAAUUUGUUGAGAAACUGAAAGAUUUCAAAGUGAACCAGUACAAGCUGCGUCAGGUGGAAGGAUAUUACUACGUAUCAGAAAUUAGUUCCGUUUCUGACAACGAGUUCUCCGUCGUGGACGCAUCAAAUUCGGAAGUGUUUGAUGAAGCAGGUCCGCGGUUUCUGCAAAAUCUACACGUGAAAAAGAAAGAAGCGAAUUCUUGGAACGUCGGCCAGAGUUCGCAAAAUGCCGAACGAAGUCUGCAUCAAGAAAGCGAUGGAUUUGUUGGGUCAGCUGAUAGAAUUAAUACGGUGGAAGACAUUCAUAGAAUUCAUCUUUCAUCUACUAGUUCAGAAGACGAUCGAAUCCGCUUGCCGGGUUUCUGGUUGAUUCUCUGUGUGGACAGGGAUAAAGUGAAAACUUAUUUUCAUUGCCGUUCGGGUUCAGGGGAUAUCCAUUUGGUCGACCGUUGGAGGAAGGUGUAUUAUGAAGUUAUCGCAAAAAUUAAAAGUACUUGCAAGAUCGUUAACCAAAUCUUGCUACUGCAAGAUCUCCACGAUUCUCGUUCUUGUCGGCAACUUCUUGAACCGGAAGCGCCCGAGGAUGUUUGGCCCAAAGAUGAUGCCACGUCCACCCUGGCGAUACUGGACCCUGCGAGUCCUCGGAUGUAUCCGAAAGACCGUUCUCCUGAUGACACUGAUAUGGAAAAGCCCUUUUUGGAAGCCAGUUUGCGUUUGAAACCGGGCGAAUUCUCUUGUGGCGCUGUUUUGAUCGUGCAGUUUUACCUGCAUCCGCGAUUGAAAGCCCCUGGAGUGAAAACGGGUGCCCAUAGAGCUGUUACGGUCCUACAAGGAGUUUUAUCCGCGUUCUCCGUGGUCAACCGCAAGAACAUAUUGCAUGAAAGUCCACCGAAAAGGGACUUGUUCGGUCCUUUGGGCAUCUGUGAACGUUCCGAUGAACCAGUUGCUGCAUCUGGUCGAUUCAGGUCUUACUCUUAUGGGUCAACGUUUCCGUCUCGAACAGCGGACCACGACGCAUCUUAUGAGGCAUGUAACAUAUAUUUAUGGAAUUGUGCGUCUUGGCUUGAUUUAAGUCAAAUUCUUGCCGAGCAGUCGUCGGCUGAGAAUGAAUCUCCGAUUUCAAACUCUCUCAGUCAGCGGAACUGCGAUGAUUUCCUCUUCCUUGUAGUUCAUGGUGUUUCUGAAGCAAGCCCGUCCAUAACGGUUGGACUCGUCGAAAUGUUGCGCAAGCGUCUUGAUGAAGCUGUUUUAGACAUAAUCACUAUCAUGCUGUUGAGGAAUUCUCAAUGCAAAUUGCGGCCGGAAGAUGUUCACUUUAUUCAGCGUCCACACGAAAAACCUGUGGAUGAGUUCAAAUUGCGCUUGCCUAUUUGGAGUGUACCGUAUCUACCGGCAGUGUAUUUGUAUUUGAAGCAGAAUCUGAUGCAAUUCUUGUAUCCACCGAGAUAUAUUGAUAACAAGUCGGAGCACCAUUUUGUGGAUGGAUGGGAAGAUGUGCAGGAUGAUCCUCAUGCAACACCAUCGGAGCAACACGAAGGGGACAUUUUAUUGUAUUUGUUAGGGAAUAAGCCAGGAGCAGGAGCGGACGGAAUAGCAUGCAUUUCAAUGGUGAUAGCCGAUGGAGCUGGUAUUCGAGUUGUGUGGAAUUCUACGCAGUAUCCACGUGGUCGACUGGUUAUUGGUCCUCUGGCGUUGUCGCCCCUCCAAUCAAACCGUCGCACUCCAUGGACUGAGAGCGACUUUCAUGCUGUAGUGCAAGUUAAAGAAGUACCAGUGACGGAAAAAUUCAGGAAGACCCCUGGUUCUGAUAGCUCAGAGCCGGACGCCGAAGAUAGAGAAGUUGAAGCCUUUUUCUCCAGGGGUAUGUCAGCGACCGUGUCUUUCAAAGUGUGGUCUCAAGGAAAAAUAGAUACCAGCCAACUACGAGGCAAGCUGCGUUUGGCGGUCCAACAGUCUUUGUGGGACUUGUAUUCGGAGUACAAAGUUUUUCUGCCGAUGUCCGAAGAAGAUGGAUCGUGCAAAAUGGAAAGCUCUUCAGAACCGACUACGCCUCUCAUAUUUCCCCGUCGAUCGUCAGUUGGUGGUCUGAGCGUGUCGCAUCCUCCUGAUCGAACGCCUUCACCGGGACAGCAGCAGGGUGCAAGAUCACCGUUGAAAUCUCAGUUAUCGCUGGCAGAACCUCCUGCGAAAACAAGGGUAAACGACUAUUACUCCAGACGCUCACCGCAAGCGGAAACCGCACAACGACCGUCGUUCGAAGUACUUGAAAAUGUUUUCCUCCCCUGGCUGGAUUUUGGUUUUGAUGACUUGAACGUUCCAUCGGUGCGAAGAACUGCUGUUGUUCUUUCAUCAAGGCAAAACGUCGACUCAUUCUUACGGGAAUUUUGUGGAAUUGUUGAAGGCAUGGAUGACGAAUUAUCGGUUUUUGUUGUCGAUGCUCCGAAAUCCACAAGGCUGGAAAGUGAACGUCGUCUGCGUAGAAAAGUUGAGCGUGUAGGAAGUCACACGCAAACCCCGAGUUGCGUCAGCAGGAAUGGUUCGAACGAGUCCCCGUGCUCCGUGGACUACCAAACUUUUGUUCCAGUUUCAGACCAAGAAAGCAUCAAAGGCGAUCGGGAAUGCUUGAGUCGUUUCAAGUAUAUGUUGAGGCCCUCAUCGCAACCAGAAUACUUUUUAUUCGCGCGAAGACUCGGCUACUGGAAGUUCUCUCAGUUUUCUAUUCCAGAAACUGAACGAAGCCACUCCAGUGCAAAGGGCCCAGUGAGAUUUCAUUCCGGAGCACCGGUCGUUGGUCCGUCUCCGUCUAUCACUCCGACAUUACCGGGUCAGUCCACCUUCCAGCCGGUAUCGAUUCUUGCUGUUUCGAGCCUGGUUGGUUCUUCAUCCAGCAUUUUCGCUUCUCCCGAUCCAUCGAAGUUCGUUGUCACGAGACAGAAUUUGAUAUAUGUCACCGUUAAGGACAAAGAUGUAAUUAUCUUCACGUACAACUGGUCGAGGGACGCGAAUGAACAGUUGAUGGUGCAGACGAAUCGCUUGACCGCAUGGCUCAAUAGUAGAACGAGGCUCUUACAUUCAAUUGUGUAUCAGAAGCUUGGGCUUUUUAAUGGGCAACCAAUCGUUAACGUUGAUCGAAAGGACAAAGAUUCUAGAUAUUUUCAAGAUGUAGACGCGUUAAUCAAAUGCCAACGGUUUCCGAGUCGUGACGGCACGACAGCCGCUGAACAGAGUCGCCACAAUAGCGGAUCGUCACAUCACGAAGACUUGCGUUCCCAUCGACCGCCUCCUGGCCCUCCCCCGAUUCUGGAUCCCCUAGCUCCCCCUGCGAUAACCUUGCCAAUAUUUCUCGAAGUCUACCGUGACACGCAGCCGCGUCUUCCGCUGCACAUGACAAAUUACGGAAUUUCCCGCGACAUCGUUGGUCGUCAUGGGCGUCAGAUGCAGGAGAUCCGUAAAGCGGAAUUCAGUGAAGUGCCGCAUUUUCGUGGUUUGUUUUCACGCACAGAAACGGAACGAAAAGCAAGAAUACAGAAUUUGGCGAUGGAAGCGCAGGCAAAUGUCCCGGUGAACAUGAACCAUAUACAAGAUGUUUGUACGUCCGUUGCGCGACCGAUGCAUUUCAUUUACACUCCGCUGCUGUUCCUCCCGCGUUGGCGCUCGAUUUUGGCGUCGAUUCGAGAUCAUUCUGCGUUUGUAGCCUUUGGUGUCGGAAACGAGGUUGAUGCUUCACACCCUACUCAAACCCCACCCGCUACGUCCACGUCAAAUCCUUUCGUGGGCGGUGGAUCAGUUGUGCCUCCAGAACCUCCUCCGAUCACGAGAUCGCGGCAUAAUUCCGGACAGACUAUCACUUCUGGAGAACCGCGACUGUCGUCUGCCUUUUCUCGUGGAGCUAGAAAUUGUUGGGGCCCUGCACCAACGGAGGACGAAUCAUGGCAUCUGACUCUACUUGAAACUUACAUGAGAGAGUACAUCCAGUACCUUGUAUCGCUGGGGUUCAUGUCCAUCCAAACUCGCAUUACAACGGGUCCUGGGAAAGGAAUGGAUGGAAAAUCGAUGGUUGCCGAGACUCCACCGCCUCUGCUAAUAGUGAGUGGAAGCUCCCGGUUGCCCAUGGGAAAUGUUUUCGGUGCAGGUGGAGGUUUCGGCAGAAUCUUGCCUCAGUUUUUGAUGAAGCCAACCGUCGGAGGCCUAAUAGUGGUUGAAGUUGGCAUCAGUGAACCUUAUGCGUACACCAAGUUGUUCGGUUUGGAAGGCCCACGUCUGAUCCCGAAAAAUUCCACAACUCCGCGGCAGCACAUCUUGAAUUUUAUUGCGGAGUGUGAUUCGAUCAUGUUCGUGCUUCACAUGCAUUCCUUCUCGUAUGAUUAUCAUCUGAGGACCUUACAUGCCUAUUUAUCGGCGAGAAACUUGCUGUUCAGGCACGGGUAUCACUUGACAUCAUUUUUGGAUGACUUCAUAAAGUACUACACGAAGGGCCCAAAUUAUGCUCGAAAUUUGAUCCAUUCAGGGACCAUGGUGAUCGAGAAUACGUAUACACCUGGAGUCGAGCUGUACAAUUACUUGAUGAAUCACUGCGAAAAGAUUUAUGAGAUGCGGGUCAUGCGAGUUUCACCAUGCAAUACAUCUACUGCGAGUUCAGCAGGAGCCGAGUCUGAGUACGUUUUGAUAAAAUUGUCAACGCACGUUGCGACGUAUAAAGACGCUAAUGAAGUUCAACAACGGGGAGAGUUCGACGUAACCGUAGUCAUAGCUCUGGACAACGAAAGCUGGGACGGACGCGUGACGUCGGAGAAUUUCAUCGCUUUGAAAUUCUACGUAAUGUUGACUAACAAACGCGACGUUUACCCGAAGCAAGUUCCGUCGAGGUUUGGCAAAUUCCGCACUGUUAGCACGCCAACUACACCCACAACGCCGACUCACCCGAAGCCUGUUUCGUUGGCAUCGAGUAUUUCUUCUAAUGGCAUUCGGGAUCAUGAUGAAAUCGGAAGUGACAGAUCAGUUGGGCCUGCGACCCCCACGGUACUUACGCCGAAUCCGACACAGUUGAGUGGCUUUGUAUCGUGGAGUGCGUCGAAGCCAUCAGUUCGAAGGAGAACCCAGAAGGGCUUCAUGGGCAUUAAAGUCGAGUCAGUAUUUUACACUGGAUUUUUCUCGAGCUACGAAGAAGCAAUGCAACAAAUCCUUGCCGAGCAACCGUGUACAAUGAGCUUCAGCGAGUUUUCGGAACUUCUGAGUUUGGUCGUCGUUCGUUCGUUGCGAGACCUUGACCCCAACCUUGCCCCUUUGUUCCACAUGAGUGCUGGCUGGUUCACCGGUCUGGCGAAGUUCAUGAUAAGCCGUUAUCCCGAAGAACACAGGACAUUUUCUCCUCACGACGGAACUCAGAUGAUGCAGUAUGUACUAACGUGGAACUCGCCAUCGCCGAAGUCUUGCUUCGCAUUCUUGUUCAUUGAUCACAGUACUCCUCGAGUGGAAUUGGGCAUUGCGUAUAAAGAACCGAUUAUCGAAGAACUCUUCAAAUUGGAGCAUCCGCCGGAAAGGGUGUCGACCAUAAUGGCCCACACUGAGGCUUUCGUCGAUCUCUGUUGUUUCCACCUUUGGUCAAAUAUUGUUUUGAAAGUAUAAUUAUAACGACAUUGAUUCAUUGAUGCUCCAAUAAGGUGCUCAACCGGCUGAGGUCAGUGCAAAGUACUGCUCAAGAAUUUUUCCAUGAAAACAAAUUUUUUUUGACCCAGUGGCCAGUGCCUGUAUGGGUAGUCUCGCUCUCUAUGCGUUGAGUUUUACAUCGAUAUAAACGGGAAUGUGCAAUUCAUUAAGGAGCAUUUUCGUUAUCCGGCGAGCUUAGUCAUCUGGAAAUCGUUUAAACGAAGGGACUACCUGUGAUCGUGCUCUAGUGCUGUGAUUGAGCGGUCAGGUGUUCCUGCAAUGACCUUACAAAACUUCAAUUGUCAUUGCCUCAGUUACCGGUUCAAAGGAAGGCAUUUCGUGUGCUUCCAUCGGAUAAAGCUUCUUGGUUACAGUUCGCGUGAGAUGAAGUGUGUGCUGGGGAUAAUUUCGUUAAUUUCGCAUGAUCUGUUGAGAGAUGUGAUUCAUUAAAAUUGGUUUGGGAAUCCUA